CUAAACUAGCAAGAUAAAUGCUAGUAAAAUGUUAAAAAAUUAUAUAUAUAAAACUUUAGCAAUUUAUCUAUUUUCUAUUAAAUAAUAAGAUUUAAUGAUUUCAUUUCAUACAAAUAUUUCAUAAUUUUCACUUUGUCUUAAUCAUUAUUAUUAUUUAUUUAAAAUAGGAAAAAAUAUUUAUAUAUAUUCAGUUUUGUUAAAAUAUAAAAAAUUAAUUUUUAAAAUGGUUACAUUACAAGAUAUUAGUAUACAACUUAUGAAACCAGCCAAAGAUCUUGCUGAUUGGAAAUUUCCAUUAUCUCAGAUCUUGGAGGAAUACUAUGCUUUAUUAGAAGAACCAUGUAACAUUAACUUUGGGGAAGCAGCACUUGUUCUUCAAAAUUCAACUAAUGUAUAUGUACGAAGAAUUGAACGUUUACUUAAUGAGACAGAAGUUUUAAAACAAACAUUUUUUAAUUAUGAAAAAGAAGAAAUAAAAAAAUCUAUGUGUAAAGAGAAAAAAAUUUUAAAAAAAGCCUACAUUGAUUUUAAAAAUUUUGUAAUUAUUGAUUUAGAGAAAGAUAUUGGAAAACAUAUUAACAAAAAACAUCAUUUUCAAGAAAAAAAAAUUAAAUUAUUAAGUCAUCGGUUUACACAAUUAGAAAAUGGUGUGACUCAAUUGUGUAUUCCUAUUCAAGUAUAUGAUGUUCUAGGAGAAAUUAUUGGAAAAAAAUAUGAUUUUCGGUGUAAUCAAUCUAUAAAUACAAAUGGAAUGUUAAUAGAUGAAUUAACACCAUAUGAUUUUACUUGUAUACUUGAUUCUUAUGAAGAAAAAAAUUCAUUGUCAUCAUAUUCAGAACCAAAAACUUCUGAUAUUAGAACUUCAGAAUAUCAUACAACAAAUACUUCGUUAAAUGAUAAUGAAUCUAUUCAUGAAUUUGAAGAUGAAGAAAAUUCUUCAUUAAUAGAAAAUGAUUUAUCAAUAAAUGAAUUACAAGUAAGCAAAGAAAAUGUGAUAAAUAAUAAUUGUGAAAGUUCAUUUGCUAAUUUAAAACAAGCUAUUACUAAAAAAAAUGAAUCAAAGAAACGAGAUACUGAACAAACUAUAAUACAAAAUCAUAGUGAUGAAAAGAGUUCAAUUCAGAAUUUCAAAGAAAUGAAUCAAAUUAAAAAACAAUCCCAAACUGAAGAUUCUGUACAAGUGAAUCAAAUAAAAAAGGAUAAUCAAAAUGUUAAACAUAUACAACUUGAAACUAAUGAUCAAAUAAAACAUAAUAAAGAAUAAAUAUUUUUAAAGAGAAUGAAAUUUUUGAAUCAAAUAAUUUGGAUAAUGUAAGAUGGAAGGAAGAAUUAUCUAAUACAUGGAAAAGAGGG